AGAAACCCCACUAUUAAUCUGCUCGAUAUAAGAUAAUAAUAACGCGAGAGUUUGCAAGUUGCUUCAAGACUGUAGUUGCAACUGUCAAAGGUGGAGUGGAUACGCGCAUGACCUAACACACAUUACUGUAAUACUGUACACGGCCGCCGAGAUAAUAUCCGUAUAAAAAACCGAAAUAAUCCCGAGGUAAGGAGCCGAGGAGUGUACCAAAACCGACCGAGAUUUGGCGUUUCUGCAGAUUUUCCUUCGCUUCGUUUUCUUUUACUCCAACCAACUGUCUCGGAGCCGUCGAAAUUACUGCACUAAAACAUAUUUUUCUGCCUCCCUUUAGCUCCAGUCAGCGCAAGGAUUUUUUUUUUUUUUUUUUUUACUCCUCCUUCGUAAUAAAGUCGCCAUUUUGCUUCACUGCCUAUAUAAACCAUCCCGUAUUCUAAUAUUUUUCCUCAAGGAGUCGGGGACCUACCUAUCUUUCCUGGCUAUUUCUAAUAUUUCUGGAGUGUUUAACGAGAAGACAGGUUGAAGAAGUGCCUCGUGGUAUACAUAUUAAUGCAGGAAAGGAGGAGGGGGGGGCGAGGGAAUUGGAAAACUGGGAAUAAGGUGAAAGUAUCCAGGAUUUCUUUUCAUGUACAGACGAAAUUGUGAUUUCUCCUCUCGUGCCCUGCUCUUUUUUUUCUUCCACCCCGUCGUCGUCUGCAGAGCGGGGGGACAGGACGACGCCGACGGCUGUCCGCUUCUUUUCAGGCCCCCCAACCCCUGUCUGACCGGUCCUUGACGCACAGCAGGUGUGAUUGCCAUGUAACAUAACAUUGGUGGAAAAACGCCCACUUAGGUGCCUGUCUCCUGACCUCCCCCCUCCUCCCUCACGUGGGUGACCCGGGGGCCACCCGGCCCCUAGUGCGGGGUGACUGCCCGACAGUUCAGGUAGGUGUGGCCGAGUCAGGGGUAAGAAAGCGUAGCGCUCGUUUUGUUAAGCACAGAAAGAAGCAACCCAGUAACCUUGUUGUGGUUGACGCACACGUCCAGCAUGGCGGUGUGCCACGUGCGGAGCUAAAAUGCUUAUUUCCAGGUUGGAUCGUCAGCAGAUUGUGUGUGAAGAUGCAUGGAGAGCCCAAGCGGCCCCAGGUUUGGGAAGCUGUCCUCGUCAGGGCUGACAAGGGGCCGGACCCCCAAGCAUGGACAUCCCCAGGAGCGUGCCACACCAGACCCUGAAAACAACAAACACAGUCCAGUGUGUGAUGAGCCAGCAGGGGGGAAGAGGAAAGGUCGUCCUAAAGCAGAAGUGCAGGAACUGAGAAGCAUCCCUGCCCAUAUGAUAGUACAAUGGAAGGAAGAGUUUAAGCGCCGCUCAAGGGUUAAGUGUCCAUGUUCAGGCUGCUGGUUAGAGUUUCCCAGCAUCUAUGGCGUCAAGUACCACUAUCAACGCUGCCAGGGGGCCACUGUAGCCGAGAAGCUGAGUCACAGCUGUCCCUACUGUGAGGCAGUGUUUGCCACAAAGGUGCGUCUGCAGAAGCACAAGCUGUGGAACCACCCAGACAGGGUUAGUAUGGAGCCCAAAGAUGAGCACCAUAAGCUUCAAAAGACUCCUGUCAAGUUCAACACCAAGAAAAGGCCCAUGGAGAACAGUCCUCCGUCUCCAGUGUUCUUCAAAGUGAAAAAGACCCAUGAGGUGUCCACACCCUCUCAGAACGGGGAGCUGGCCCACCAGAAGAGUGAGAGGAAACAGCACAGCAACAGCCAGCCUUCACAGCAGACACACCAGUCGCAGCCAGUCCAGCACCAGUCCCAGCAGUCGCAGUCCCAUAGCACGUCGUCUGAUGCAGGUGGCAGUGAGAGUGAAGGGGGCAGCCUUCCCCCUCCUUUCCCCGACGAGGACCCAGAGCGGAUGAGGCACAGACGGAAGCAGAAAACGCCUAAAAAAUUCACUGGAGAGCAACCUUCUAUAUCUGGGACGUUUGGAUUGAAAGGAAUGACUAAGGUGGAGGAGAAACUGAAAGCGGGCCGUGUAAAGAGACCAGAGGGGAGUGGGUUCAAUGAGGAGCCACAGAGACGUACUGGUUCUUCGAGUCAGUCGUCAAAGAAAGACCCAGCCACCAGCAGCUCUGGUGCUGUCCCCGACACCCAAUGGCAGCGAGCGAUCUCAGAACGAGGUGAAGUGGUGUGUCCCACCUGCUCCAUCGUCACCAGGAAAACAAUUCACGGCCUCAAGAAACACAUGGAGAUUUGCCAGAAGCUCCAGGAUGCCCUGAAGUGCCAGCAGUGCCACAAACAGUUCAGAUCCAAGGCCGGACUCAACUACCACACCAUGGCUGAACACACCACCAAGCCCUCGGGGAGCGAAGGCCAGACGGGCGACACGCACAAGGAGAGAGAAAGGCUGCGCUUAGUGCUCAAACAGAUGGGACGAAUCAAGUGUCCUAGUGAGGGCUGUUCAGCCCACUUUUCCAGUCUGAUGGGCUACCAGUACCACCAGAAACGUUGUGGAGGAGAGUUCUCUGACGAUGUGAAGCCUGUGUUUCUGUGCCAGCACUGUGGAAAAACCUACCAGUCCAAGGCUGGCAGAGACUACCAUGCACGUACCGAACAUUCCUCAACUAUCACUACUGUGACAGCCACCAUCAACAGCAACAACAAAGAUAAUAUCACUGACACCAACAACAACACGGGCAAAGAAAGGGUGGUCUCUGAGGAAUUUCCGUCAGUAGGCAAGAAGGAGCAAAGCCAGCCUGUGAAGAAAGACUGGCAGAAGGAGAAAGCAGCAUCCGGCCAAACUAAGGAGAAGGAAAGAGAUGCCGUGGAUGAGGGCAGGGAAAAGGAAAAGGAGAGGGAGCGAGACAAGGAAAAAGCAGCACAGAACGAGAGCCAGGGGGAUGACUUUGAACGGACCCCCAGUGGCAGAGUGAGGCGCCGGUCGGCUCAGGUGGCAGUGUUCCACUUGCAGGAGAUAGCAGAGGAUGAGCUGGCCAAGGACUGGGGCACAAAGCGGCGCAUCAAGGAUGACCUGGUGCCUGAUAGCAAGAGGUUAAACUACACCCGUCCCGGGCUGCCCAACUUCAGCCCAGAGCUAUUAGAGUCCUGGAAGAAUCAAGUCAAGGAGAAGGGCUUCAUCUGCUGCACCAAUGAAAACUGUGAAGCUGUUUAUUCCAGUGUGUCAGGACUAAAGGCCCACCUCGCCAACUGCAGCCAGGGUGAUGGAGAACUGGGGAAGUACACUUGUCUGAUCUGUCAGAAGGAGUUUAGCUCAGAAAGUGGUGUGAAGUACCAUAUUAGCAAGACACACUCGCAGAACUGGUUUCGUGCAGCUGCCAGUCAAGUGGUCCCCAGUAGCAAGAGUAAAGUCCUGGAGAACAACGGGAUCAAAGCUGAGGUGAGGAACGGGGCCACCACUGGUAAGAAGAGGGGCCGCAAGCCCAAAGAGCGCCCACCUGUGAUUGCGCCUCUCCAAACAAAAACUGAAGCAUCUACCACUACUCAAAGCUCAGCUCCUGCCGUGAGCCCUUCCUCUGGCCCAACACAGUCCCCAACCCUGCCCCCCGACCCAACAGACAGUGCUUAUUCAGGCCAAAACAGACAGCCCACGUCCUCCGCCGCUAGACGAAGCAAACCCAAGAGGCUGUCACUGUCAGAGUAGCUCUGUUUUUGUCGACCCAGGAGCCACAGAGGAUGCGUACUGUAAAUGUUAUGCCGGGAAGCUAAAAGACCUUUCUAACUCAACACAAGGACUUGGCACUGAGAAGAAAGAUAAAUCAACCAUUAGGAAGUACAGACUUCAAAUCUUGGUUUUGAAAUCCUAGAUUUAAUGUGUCUACUGUUAUGAACAAUACUCAUGUAACAGUACUGUUUCAUUUCUCCAUUCCACUUUUGUCUCCUUUUUAAGGCACACAUUUCAGUUUCUGUACUCACAGCAGGGUUGUCAGUAAUAAUCCAAGAUAAAAUCCUGACUUCUGCGUGGAUAGAAUUUUCUAAACAGAGGUUGUAGUCCAAACAAAAGCAGAGUAAUUCUCUAUACAAAAUUUAUGUUGUGUUUGAGAGGUUUGAAAAAGGAUAUUCUAUUAGCAUGGUGAAGUCAUUUAAUGAUAGAUAGUGUUUUCACAUUUUUUUCCACAGAUAUACUGUACUGUGUACAUAAACAAUAUCUAUAUCUAUUUACCUAUAUACUCAAAGCAAUGAUGCCAUCUGUCAUUUUCGAGCCUGACACGUCCAGUUGGAUCAUGAGCAGUCAGAAUUUUUUGCCGUGUGUGCUGUAGUGCAAUGUUAGUUUGAAACUGAUUUUUAAUUUCUUUCUGUUUUUUGCUUUAAUCGUUUUUUUGUUUGUUUGUUUUUUUACUUUUCAUGUUUCAAGUAAGCAAAUGUCAUAUAAGCUAAAAUGUUGGUCAGUCAACAACCUUGUUCCACCCUGUUUUUCCUACAGUUCAGUGACAUUUGUUUUUAUUUUAUCUCAGUCACAUGAGGAUGAAAGGUGUCUGCUUUGACAACCACAAUUAAGAGUCAAAAGUUUAUCUCCACACUUCUUUUACACUGAAGUUAAUAAGCAGAAACCCGAGAAAAGGUGAUUGUUUUCAUCUGUGAUGUAUAAGUUAGUUAUGAUAACACUUGAUAUGGCAUUGUUUAAUUGAUUUUAAACAAAACAAAAAAAAAAAACUUGAAGCAUUCUGUCUAAAUAGGUCUGGUGAAGCUAAAUGUUGGACAGAAGGAUGAAUUUUGUGUGAAGCUUGUUGCACCAUUGCAGCACAAUCAAAUGAUGUGACCAUUUUAAAGGAGGCCAUAUUUUGGCUACUGCUUUAGCUUGAAUCAAAGAGCUGAGGAGAGAAUAAAAAUACUAUCUUUUAUAGAGAGGUUGAGGAAAAUAAUCUUUUAUUAAGCAGAAACAUUGCAAAUGAAGAUUCACAUAUAUUGAUGUAUAUGAAUUAAUUCCUGGAUGCUCAAAGUUAUUGCCUUGCACUUUAACCCCUUAACCCUUCUUGCUCCACUCUUGUAUUUUUGCACUCCAGGGGUAUUCAACCUAACCUAGUGUCUGUCAGGCAACAGGAGUGGGACUAUUUUACUCUGAUGAAAAAAAAAAACAAAAAACAAUGAAACUAGAGAAAAACUAAAUUUGUCUUUCCGUGGGUAAUGAGCAGCAUGAUUAACUCUUUUUAGAUAAUAUCUGCAAUCCAACAUGAGCCUAUAAUUAUGACUCAACAUAAAGCCAUAAAUGGUCCUGUUGACUUUUAAGGCUGCUCUAAUAUUAGUUUAGCUUAAGAUUUUAAAAGAUAUAUCUAUAUAUAAUCCAAUAUUAUUAAAGUACUUUUCAAAUUUAAAAUGUGUGCAAUCAGAGAAUAUUUUCACUUCAACGUGUUAAAAGUAGAUACUUGAAUCCACAGUCGUAUAAGAAUUUGAGCAAAUGAAAACUCGGUAAAUAUCUGAUUUAUAUUUGCAGUCUAUGUCUAUAAAAACAAUGACUGGCUUGCUUAAAAACAAGACAGAUUAUCUCUUUUAUAUUCUCUCGUGUGUAUUUCAUAGAUAACAAUCUGAUAGCUUUGGAUAAAGUUGUGACGUGAGGAUAUUCUGGUGAGAAAAUAAGGGUGCUUUACUUGCCACUCUACCUUAAGGACCUGAUACAUCAGUAAGUCCAUCCUGCCAAGUCCUAUGAAUAUUGCACCAACAAAUGUCAAAUGUCAUCUUUUAAAUCAAGCACUGAUGUCAGCAGAACAUUUUCAAGAAACAUCGAAUUUGGAAUUGAUGUGCCCCAGGUGGUGUCAUCCCCACACCGUGAGCUUUUGUUUUUUAUUGUAAAGCAUGGAUCUGAUCUGAAUUCCUCCAUCAUUAAUCAACUGAUGGAGUUUAUUCAGGUGGGGAUGAUUAUGCAUGUGUCCAUCUCUGCUAGUGGGAUGGACCUUUAUCUUCUAUCCAGGUUAAACUGACGGAGAGGAUAAGUUAGACAAGCACUGAUCGGUCCAAGGACCUUUUCGAUACGAGUUGUCCGGACCUUGUAUGCGUGUGUGUGUGUGUGUGUGUGUGUAAAAAAAAAAAAAAAAAAAACAGUUAGCACCUUUGUAAUGACUGGAUAUCAGAAAUGGUAAGACUUUUAGUUGGGCGUUACGCUGUGGCACAGAAUCAGUUCAUCAGCUGCUUGUUACUCGUUUCAUCAAUAACGUCACAUUGACUGUGUUUACCUGACGAGCUUUGGUGUUGCAAUAUGAUAGUUAGGCACUGCUUUUAACAGUGGGUAUUUUAUAUUUUAUCACACCCUUUACUAUCUGUCUUCCUAUGAUGUGGAAAACACAUAUCUAUCCCGCAGUGUGAGCUAACUGCAACAUGUUUAGAGAGUACAGCAAUACACCAUGUUUAGCUGGUUUUGUUGGCUUGCUGAUAUUUUGAUAUUGAUGUGUCUUCUCAAAAUGUAUGGCUUUUUUUCACUCCCCUACUUUUUUUGUUUGCUUUGAAAAUUGCUUUUUACAUAUUAUGAAAUCUAACAAAAAAAACAAAAAAAAAAAGAAAGAAAAAAGUUGAAAAAAUUUAUAGACCACAGACAACAUUGUAGGCCCAUGUGUCGGCAUACACUGUUAUUUUAUCCAUUUUGAUGAUGCACAUAAAUUGAGCUUUUUCAGUACACGACGACAAACACAAUGAGAGAGUCCUUUAUUAUUACCUAUUCAAUAUGGGACAACAAGGCAUAUGUAUGUAUGUUUGUUUCUGUAUUUAGUGCACUUAUUAUACCAUGAAAUAGGCUUGAAAAAUAGGAGUGUUGUUGGAGCUUUCUAGUUACCCUGACUGUGUGUGGUGUGACUUUUGUACCGGGGGAAACAGCAGGCUCAAGUGUCUUCCCUUUGUCAGCAAUGUUAUUUCCAAAACCGAGGUUAAUCCUUAGAAAUCCCCUUAGGCAGCCUGACAAUUUUACCCUUUUAUUUGGACAACAGCGGUUCAUUUUGUAUGCUACCUGCUUCAAAAGCAGGAAAUGGCAUCUGCCUCUGUUGUUGGGGCCAUUGUGAUGAAACUGUUGAGAGAUUUAAGAAAUUAUGUUGUAGCUCAUAACUGGUUAUGAUAUAUAGGUAACAGGUGAAAUGAGACUAAUGAUGUAUUAAAGAUUUCCAUAUCUGAAAUUAAGCUGUAUAGAACCUAACAUGGGAGGUUAUCAAUACCUCCUUUGAGACUGAACUGUUACAAUUUUUUUUUUCUCCCAGACUUGUUGUAUUACCUGUGCAUUAGUAUCCCUCAACUAAUUAAUAAAAGUUUGUUGACUAAA